AUGCCGUCGGCUACUCACUCGACCCCUGAUACUUUGUCUGAUGCAGAUGACGCACCCCGCCCCUUUGCAGGUCACACAGAGAGAAUCACCGCCAUCGAGUACUCUCCUGACGGUCACCUCCUUGCAACUGCAUCUGAGGAUGCCACUAUACGUCUCUGGGACCCUUUGACAGGCCAACAGCUCCAGAAGCUCGACACGCCUGGGGAAGCCACGUCUCUUGCAUUUCACCCUACAGGUAGACAGCUUGCCACCAUCUGCGAGAACGACUCGACCGUCCUCGUUUGGAACGUGACGGAGGGCGGAUCGGGGGUCUUGCACGGUCCACUCAGGGGGCAUCUUUGGGGGGCAAGGCUCCUCUGCUUCUCGCGCGAUGGCGAGUGGCUCGUUGAUGUUUCCGGGGCAGACACUGUAUGUGUCUGGGACACCUCCACAGGGAAGUUAGCUUUAGGCCAUACAAAGGCAGUCACCGCCAUCGAGUAUUCUCCUGACGGUCGCCUCAUUGCAACUGCAUCUGAGGAUACCACUGUGUGUCUCUGGGAUCCGUUUACGGGUCAACAGCUCCAGAAGGUUGACACACAUCGCCAUACUAAGGAAAUCACCGCCAUCAAGUACUCUCCUGAUGGUCGGCUCAUUGCAACUGCAUCUGAGGAUGCCACCGUGCGUCUCUGGGACUCGAUGACUGGCCAGCAGCUCCAGAAGCUCUACACGCCUAGUGGAGCCGAAAUCACCGCCAUUGAGUACUCUCCUGAUGGUCGGCUCAUUGCAACUGCAUCUGAGGAUGCCACCGUGCGUCUCUGGGAUCCGACGACGGGCCAACACCUUCAAAAUAUUAACACACCUUGUGGGGCCAAGUCGCUGGCAUUCUCCCCUUCAGGUAAACAGCUUGCCGCGGUCUGCGAAGACACGACCGUCCUGAUUUGGCGAGUCGACGACGGCAAGAUCUUGCAUAGUUCACUCAGGGGGCAUCUCUGGCGAACAGGCAUUCUCUGCUUCUCGCGCGAUGGCGGGUGGCUCAUUGAUGUGUCCAAGGCAAACGCUGUUUGUGUCUGGGACACCUCCACAGGAAACAUGGUUGUAGAUGGCCCGCCCCGGCCUUUCGCUGGACAUACAAACAAAAUCACGGCCAUCGAGUACUCUCCUGACGGUCAGCUUAUCGCAACUGCAUCGGAGGAUGCAACUGUGCGUCUUUGGUAUUCCCGGACAGGCCAGCUACUCCAGAAGAUCGAGACCCAUCUGCCAGCGCAUUCCCUUACCUUCUCUCCCUCAGGAAGUCAGCUUGCCACAAUCUGUGCGAAUGGGGCGGCGGCUGACCCACCCGUCGCAAAUCUCUGGGAGGCGUACGGCGGCAAGGUCUUGCAAGGUCCACUCAGGGGGCAUCUAUGGGGAACAAGCUUCCUCUGCUUCUCGCGCGAUGGCAGAUGGCUUAUUGACGUCUCCAGAGCAAAUACUGUUUCCAUCUGGGACACCUCCACGGGAAACAUGGUCCUAGGUCCCUUGAGGCAGCCGCCGAACUUGGGAAUCAAGACUACACAUCGUAUCACUUCAGCCACAUGUUCUCCGCUAAAAGAUCGUGUAGCGUGCGCAGAUGACGCUGGACACAUCCAUGUAUGGGAUGUUGAUACCGAACAGGUUUUACUGUCUUCAGUAUGUGUAUCUCUUGUAUCAUGUAUAUUCAGGCAAGUUGACCGAGAUCUAUCCCCCCACAGCUUCCAGACAAGACACAGACCCAACCGCUAA